ACAACAAAAGACACCAAAGACCAAACCCAGGUGGCUUCACCUGUAAUUUUCCUCACAUCUAAGCCCCAUUCUUAUAAACCUCCCCCUCCCUAUACUUUCCUCCGCUCUCACUCUCACUCUCACUUUACACCAAGCAAACCCACACCUCUCCCGCUCUCUCUCUAAAACCCAUCCCACACUUUCUCUCUCUAAACCCAAAAUCUCCAGAUCCAAAACCCACUCACAAUGCAGCUCCGCUGGGCUACCGCCGCCGGCGCCCUCCUCCUAACACUAACCCUCCUCACCACCCUCGCCCAAGCCCACAACAUCACGCGCAUCCUGGCCAAGCACCCGGAGUUCUCGACCUUCAACCACUACCUUACCCUGACCCACCUGGCCGCCGAAAUCAACCAGCACACCACCAUCACAGUCUGCGCCGUAGACAACUCCGCCAUGUCAGCCCUCCUCGCCAAGAAGCCCUCCAUCUACACCAUAAAAAACAUCCUCUCCCUCCACAUCCUCCUCGACUACUUCGGAGCCAAGAAGCUCCACCAGAUCACCAACGGCACCGCCCUCGCCGCCACCAUGUUCCAGGCCACCGGCUCCGCCCCCGGAUCAGCCGGCUUCGUUAACAUCACCGACCUCAAGGGCGGAAAGGUCGGAUUUACCCCCCAGGACAACGACGGCACCUUCCCCGCCCAUUUCGUCAAAUCCGUUGAAGAGCUUCCGUACAACAUUUCCGUCAUCCACAUCAGCUCCAUCCUCCCCAGCCAGGCCGCCGAGGCCCCGGCACCGGGCCCCGCCGAGCUGAACAUCACCAGCAUCAUGUCCGCCCACGGCUGCAAGGUCUUCGCCGACACGCUGCUCGCCAACCCGGACGCCUUCAAGACCUACGAGGACAAUGUCGGCGGCGGGCUGACCGUGUUCUGCCCGAUGGACGACGCCUUCAAGGCUUUCCUGCCGAAGUUCAAGAACUUAACCAGGGCCGGGAAGGCGUCGCUGCUAGAGUACCACGCCGUUCCGGUGUACCAGUCUAUGGCCACGUUGAAGUCCAACAAUGGGCUGCAGAACACUCUGGCCACUGACGGCGCUAGCAAGUUUGACUUCACCGUCCAAAACGACGGCCAGGAGGUCACUCUGAAGACGAAGAUCGUGACGGGGAAGAUCACGGGGACUCUGAUCGACGAGCAGCCCGUGGCUAUUUACACCAUUGACAAGGUUCUGCAGCCCAAGGAGCUUUUCAAGGGUGCUUUGACUCCAGCGCCGGCGCCGGCUCCUGAGAAACCGGCCCACGCGCCGAAGAGUUCGAAGAAGAAGACGAAGACGAAGGACACGCCUUCGCCAGACUCCGAAUCGCCCGCUGACUCGCCGGAUGACAAUCCCGCGGAUCAGACUGCGGAUGAUAAUAAUGGAGCCGUUGGGGUUGGAAGGUUGGGAUUUGGGGGAUUGGUUCUCAGCAUGUGGGUAGGCUUUUUACUGCUGUAAGUUUUUAUUUUAAUUUGUUUUCACUGGGCAAUAAGUGAGAUGAAUUUGAGGUAUUUUUUCUUUAUAGUUCUGUGCGUGGGUGUGUUGGGUUUUUAUUUUACUUUUAAAAAAAAAAAAAAAUGUAUGGGGGAAUUUGUAAGGUGGUUAUUUUUGUUUGUGGAGUACUUGGUAUAGAUUCAUGGAUCUAUAUAUACACUUAGAAUGUUUUCAGUUAUUUUUAUUUGGGAUGUUUUUAAUUAUUAUUUAUUGAAUUUUUGGACAAUGUCUUUA